UGUUUUUGACACGAUCAACGACGAUUUCAGGAGGGAAACCAGCCCCAUAGAACAUGAUCGUGCUGUAGGGUAAAUGGUAUUACGAGGUAUGGUAAGAUUAAGUUGAUGUAUGGCAUUCAAAGAACAAUCACGGCGGGCUCAUCAUAUGGUUAAAGGAAGCAACCUUUGACCUCGGUAUGUCGCAUUUGUUCCUGGUGCAGGCAAUUGUUUACGAGUUGGAUAUUCACGCCAAGCCAAUAGUAUGGCAUACGCAUGUUGAGAGUUGCUCCAAUCAGUGAACUACUUCAGCUCCAAUUGAGGAUCACGACAAGAAGAAUGGAGAAUGACACCAAUGACAACCCGAACCUCCCUUUAGACAUAUACAUAUCAACCGGGUGUGUUAUUCUUCCUGCCUUAAUAGGUGCAUGGUACUACUUUUCAAAACGAGCUUGUCGCAAGGUGGUUGAGCCGUGGAAUGGAAGCGACACCAUAAGGACUAGCGAAACAGAUUUUGCAAAAAUGGAAGAAAUUUUCGACGCCCAUUACCAAAAACACAUUCACAAACAAGAUCGGUAAGAGAUAUCGAUCAGUGAAAAGUCAUGUCUUGUUGCCCACUUCCUCGAGUAUUUUCUCUUCCUCGCUGAUAUACUAUUUUUCCAUUUCUAUUUGUCAUCAUCUCCUCAGAGACGACGUCGACAACUAUUCCUCUGAAGAAUUGGCAAACCGUUUCGUGAAAUGGAUUAAUCGUCAAAAUGUCUUUACAGAUUACGUGCAACAAGAAUAUGAACUUCAAAGACACACGCAAAAUAAUCUAUGCCAAAACGACGGCACUGCGAUAAAAACAGACUCUCCUGAUUCUACGAUACAAAAAGGUUGCAUCGGUAGCAAUGAUACGACUGGAAAUCUUAUUCUUAUGACGAAAAAAAAAUUGAUCGAUGCAAAUAAUAGUAACAAAGUUGUUGAUCAGACCCGAUUGUGCGGUGACGAUGACCGUGAUGAUUCUAGUUUAUUCUGGGAAUGUAUUCCAAACCCACAACAGAGUCAAUUCAAUUUCUGCUCUAUCACACCAACCAUUUCAAACGACAACGACGAACAAAGAGACGCUUUUCAAAGCACAUCUACUGUGUCACCAAAGAGUGAAAUUAAAGUUCCACACGUAGCUUGAUCCAGGACGUAUUUUAAUGUGUGAAAGGUAGAAACCACGAAAAUGCUUCAGGCGCGUCGGAAAAGUCAACACCAAAGGAAUGUUACAAAAACUGGUUCCAUCCAAAGAAUCUUAAUUUUUUCACUCGGGAACUCAAUUUGUGGCCAGAAUCGCUAGAAUUCUACACCAUUAUCGAAUUGUAAGAAAAGCUUCUUAAUGCACAACCAUCGAACUGUUCCACAAUGGGAAGGUGAUAGGUAAAAUCACAACAUUUGUUACACAGGAUCAGAAUCAGCAUUGUUUUCGAACAUAAGAUUCGAACAGAACAUACCACGAGCGCACGAUUCAAUGAAGAAAAAAUGCGGUCAAAUAACAGUGUGUAACUGGCGUCUCUACUUCGUUGUCAUUUAAUGGAUUGCCCACUAAACCAUUUUCAAAGUU